AUGUCUGGUGUGUUAUGCAAUAAAAGAAUUUCAUUGAAGCUUAAGUUCUAUAAAACUGUAUUGCGACAAGAUAUAAUGUAUUGUUCAGAGUGUUGGGCGAUUGACAAGAGAAUAGAGCAGAGAAUGAGUGUAGCAAAGAUGAGAAUGCUUAAAUGGAUAAGUGGAAUGACUAGUGAAGAUAGGAAAAGAAACAAACAUAUAAGAAAAAGUAUUGGUGCAGCGUCAAUUAUGAUUAAGAUGAGAGAAAAUAGACUUAGAUGGUUUGAUCGUGAUAUGAGAGGAGAGGAAUCGGUAGCUGUAAGAACUGUUAUUGAAAUGUAUGUUGAAGGAAGAAGAGAUAGAAUAAGACCAAAAAAUAGAUGGAUGGAAAUUAUUGAAUGCGACAUGUGGAAGGCUGAUGUGAGUGUAUUUUUCUACAAAUAA